AUGUGUAUAGCCAGGAAUAAGCGUGAUGAGCCAUUUGGAGGAAUUAACAUCAUCGUAGCUGGAGACUUUGCUCAGCUGCCUCCUAUAACCUCUGGUGAUGUCUUGUAUGCUGGAAGUGUUACAUCUGCCCCACACUCUGCAAACUCUGUACACAGCCAGAAGGCAGCUGCUGGCAAGGCUCUGUGGCACCAGUUUACUACAGUGGUUAUUCUGAAGCAGAACAUGAGACAGAAGAGCCAGACAGCAAAUGAUGGGAAGCUGAGGAAAUGCUUGGCAAAUAUGAGUUAUGGAGCCUGCCCAGAUGCAGAUAUCAAGCUAUUGAACUCAAGGAUUGUAGGACGAGCAAAUGGUAGACCCAAUCUGUCAGAUCCCAGGUUUCAUCAUGUAUCCAUCAUUACCUCAUGGAAUGCUCACAGAGACAAGAUAAAUGAAGUGAGAUCUGUACAGUUUGCUGAGGAAGCUGGGAAGUCACUUCAGGAGCUCUAUAGCAAUGACAAGUGGGAGGCAGAUGUGAAGGAAAGUAGGAAGAAGAAGAGAGGCCAAGCUCAUGAGGUCAAUCCAAAAAGGAUAAAUAAUGAGAUCAAUCCUUUCCUCAAAGAGACCUUGUGGAGUUUACCUCAUUCAUGCUCACAGAAUCACCCUGGUGUAUUGAAGCUAUGCAUUGGUCCACCUGUGAUGAUCAAGAGAAACUUGGCCACUGAGUGCUGUGUAACCAAUGGAGCUGAAGGCAGAGUUGUAGGCUGGAAGUCUAAGCCCUUGGAUGACAGUGGAAAGAUGCAGCUAGAGACUGUGUUUGUAGAGCUUACCUGUCCACCUAAGCCAACACAAUUGGAGAGAUUACCAGCUAAUGUGGUGCCUAUAUCUCAGGUAGCUGUGGCCACCAAGUGUAUGAUGCCAAAUGGCAAGGUCUUGACUAUCAACAGAGAUCAGGUCCCACUUGUGCCUAAUUUUGCCAUGACAGACUACAACUCUCAAGGCAAAACAAGGCCAGACAAUGUGGUUGACCUGCACAACUGCAGAAACCAUCAUUCUGUGUAA